AUGAAGUUCACCACCGCCGUCCUGACGCUCCUCUCGGCCGCCGUCGCUGUCUCCGCCGCGGCCAUCGACACCAACGAGUCUGGUCUUUCGGUCCUUGGCGAGCGCUCGUUCGAGCGCAAGGCGCGCCACGUCGAGAUGGCUGCUCGCUCUACCAGCACCGACGAGGAGAACGAGAAGCGCGAUUUCGUUGCCAAGAACGGCAAGGUCACCUGGUACGGUGGCGGUCAGCUCAACAACCCCGCUUGCGGCGGCCCCACCCCCAACGACAACUCCUACAUUGCCGCCGUUAAGAAGAACGGCGGCUACGGCAGCUGUGGUGACACCGUCCACCUCCACUACAACGGCAAGAUGGUGUCGGUCAAGAUCGUCGACUACUGCGAAUCGUGCGAGUGGGGACACUUCGAUAUUACCCGAGGGUCCUUCAGGAAGCUGGCCAACCUCAACCAGGGUGUCCUCAACAACGUUCACUUCAAGCUUAUCAACAAGAAGUAA